AUGGUGACUUUGAUGGUUAUAGAGUUGGAUUUGAUCGAGCAAUUUAGAGGUUUGAGUUUGGUAUGUGAGGUGAUUGCAGAUAGUGUGAAGUUGGGCAUGUUGAAGCUGACUAGUGGUUUACUUGACGAGAUUAGAGAGAGUCAGAAGUCGUAUGUGGCCUUAGUUGAUUAUUUUUCAUCAGCUAAUGAAGACAAAGAUUUUAGGGUUAAUAAGAAUGGGAUCCUUAAGGUUCGGGGUAGAGUUUGCGUACCUGGUGUGUCAAAACUUAAGAAGACUAUUUUGGAGGAGAGUCAUUGGAGUUGUUUGAGCAUUCAUCCUGGAGCUACCAAAAUGUACAAGGAUCUUAAGAAAAUGUUUGGAUUAUUGGGAAUGAAGAGAGACGCUGCUCAAUUAAUUUAUUCAUGA